UGAGGGAGGAGGAUGUGACGCUUUCUCUGUCGGAUAAUUGCCUGUCUGCAUAAGAUGAAACAGUAGCAAAGAGUAACCAAAAGAUUUCACAGUGCAAUAUUAAACUAGAAGAACAAAGUCAACAGGGGGGGGAUUAAAAUCGGAUGCUUGCUAGUUCGGGUAGUGUUGUGUUAGCCUAGUUGAACUCUUACGUUAGCUAGCUAGCGCUAUCUAUAUUUACUCGCCGACCCUCACCAGACGGCUUCGGUCCAGAGAAACGUGUAAGGACACUGCUCAUCCUGAGAGCAUGGCAGAUUACCUGAUAAGCGGCGGGACGGGUUAUGUUCCGGAGGACGGAAUGUCGGCCCAGCAGCUGUUUUCGGUUGGAGAUGGGCUCACCUACAACACAUCAGACCUGCCGUCUGUCCAAGACGGACUCACAGCGGAAGAGCUGUGCUCUAAAGGGGACGGUAUGACUUACAAUGACUUCCUGAUUUUGCCUGGCUUCAUUGACUUCACCUCGGAUGAAGUGGAUCUGACUUCAGCCCUUACCAAAAAAAUCACACUGAAGACACCACUGAUCUCCUCUCCUAUGGAUACUGUUACAGAGUCCUCAAUGGCCAUCGCUAUGGCACUUAUGGGUGGGAUCGGCAUCAUUCACCAUAACUGCACCCCAGAGUUUCAAGCCAAUGAGGUUCGCAAAGUGAAGAGGUUCGAGCAGGGCUUCAUCACAGACCCCCUUGUGAUGAGCCCACAACACACAGUCGGAGACGUGUUUGAGGCCAAGGUGCGGCAUGGCUUCUCUGGGAUCCCCAUCACCGAGACAGGCAAGAUGGGCAGCAAGCUGGUGGGCAUCGUCACGUCCCGAGACAUCGACUUCCUCUCCGAAAAGGACCACGGCAAAACCCUGGAGGAGGUUAUGACGAAAAGAAGAGACUUGGUGGUAACUCCUGAAGGUGUCACGCUUAAAGAGGCCAAUGAUAUUCUGCAGCGCAGCAAGAAGGGUAAACUCCCCAUAGUCAAUGACAGUGACGAGCUGGUGGCAAUUAUCGCCCGCACUGACCUUAAGAAAAACCGAGAUUACCCCCUGGCCUCCAAAGACUCCCGCAAGCAGCUGCUGUGUGGUGCCGCCAUCGGCACCCGCGAGGACGACAAGUACCGGCUGGACCUGCUCAUGCAGGCCGGCGUGGAUAUGGUGGUUCUGGAUUCCUCACAAGGCAACUCUGUAUAUCAAAUCAACAUGAUCCACUACAUCAAACAGAAAUACCCUGAUCUGCAGGCAGUGGGAGGGAAUGUGGUGACGGCAGCCCAAGCAAAGAACCUAAUCGAUGCUGGAGUGGACGCUCUGAGAGUAGGCAUGGGCUGCGGCUCCAUCUGCAUCACUCAGGAAGUCAUGGCAUGUGGGCGUCCCCAGGGCACUGCGGUGUAUAAGGUGGCGGAGUAUGCCCGCAGGUUCGGAGUGCCCGUCAUCGCGGAUGGAGGCAUACAGACCGUAGGCCACAUUGUGAAGGCUUUGUCACUGGGAGCGUCCACAGUCAUGAUGGGGUCGUUACUGGCAGCAACCACAGAGGCACCUGGAGAGUACUACUUCUCUGAUGGUGUGCGGCUGAAGAAGUACAGGGGCAUGGGCUCUCUGGAUGCUAUGGAGAAGAGCACUAGCAGUCAGAAACGCUACUUUAGUGAGGGUGACAAGGUGAAGGUGGCUCAGGGAGUGUCGGGCUCAGUGCAGGACAAGGGCUCCAUCCAUAAGUUUUUGCCCUAUCUCAUUGCUGGAAUCCAACAUGGCUGCCAGGACAUUGGAGCCAAAAGCCUCUCUGUGCUCCGUUCUAUGAUGUACUCAGGAGAGCUGAAGUUUGAGAAGAGGACCAUGUCAGCCCAAGUGGAGGGAGGAGUGCAUGGGCUUCACUCGUACGAGAAACGGCUGUACUGAAGGAGGGGUUCCAGCGUGGACAUCGGGAGGCCUGAUGUUCUGAUCUCGGCAGUGACCAAAUCCCUUCAACCUAACGGACACCUCCGCUCAAAUGCCCUGUUUGCCAGUCUGAUUCCAUCCUUCCAUCCUGCACUGUCGUUCUGACAGAGAAAGGAGAGGAAGAAGGGGAGAGCGCUAACACACCCUGUGCCCCUAUCCAACAAAAACGAACAGCAAACACAAAGUAUGUGACCAUUGCACUCGCAUGGAGUAUCAGGGUUUACCAAAAAGGCCUGUCACAGUAAGACCUCAUCCUGUGGCGUGCGUGCAUGCAUGCUUGUGUGUGUGUGUGUGGGCGCAGGUGUGUGUGCGCAUGUACGCAGGAGGGGUAUGGGAAUGCACUAGCGUGUUUGGAGCGAAGUCAGUUUUGUGCCUCAGCUGUGAUGUCAUCUGUCUCUCUUCCUGCUGCUGCGCACCCGCCAAUCAGCAGGCACAUCUUGAAGGAUUCAAUGCCAAUAUUUCCAACCACACUGCCUGUGCGAAGAGCUCCAAAAACAAACAAAUCAAUCAAUGCUGUAAAACUCUAAAGCCAAUCUUUUGUGUCGUUGACCAGUUUGUUACUUUAAAAGAGAACCUUUUUUUUUUUUUUUUUUUCUAGGAUCAGUAUGAAUGGUACGUUACAUUUUCUUUUGAUUAGCUGAAUGCCUGCACAGUUAAUAGUGUCCCACCAUUUGGACCAUGUGAAGAAUCUGCUGCACCCCUUUCUCUACCAGUAAGAGCUCCUGGCAACUGUGAAUAUGGUAGUCUUGGUGUCUCAAAUAUCACCAAACGUUAAUCAAGACCAUUUCCUGUUGUUGACACCCCUUAGCAUUUCACUUGACUAAUGUGAACCAAAGGAGGGAACUGAUCUUGAGCAGUCAGCUACUGAGCAGUGGCUGUUCAGCGAAUGUCCUCUGCAAUACGAACUACUCAAAUUAAUUGGUUGCUUUUGGGUAAAUGCAUAAAAUGUGCAUUGGGUGCCAAAUUUGCAAGAAGGGUUUUUUGUUUUUUUAUUAUUAUGCAUGAUUUUUUUUAAAGCCAUAACUUGCCUGUCUUAAUGGCUUACUUUUUUACUGUUUAUGUACUGACAAGUUCAUUUUUUUUUUAAAUUUUUCUCGGGGGAGGGGGGUGCGCUACCUCAACAUUUAAUAAGGGCAAAAUAAAUAAUCAGUGGAGAACAUUUUCAGUUAGAGCCCCAGAUGAAAUCUUUGUAUGUUUCUGCUGCGUCUCUCUCCUAAAGCUUUGCCUAUUGGUGAAACUAGUGACAUGCCUCAAAGCAGGAAUGAAGAAGAAUACCCAAAUCAGAAGACUUGACCCAAAAAGCACCACAAGCUUGUUGUAUUAUGUAGGGCUGUCUGGAAUCUGAAUCUUUCUAAUUGGAACCUUUUUUGGGAUUUAACUAUAGAAUUGAUAUAUUUGACAACUGUGACGUGUUACCAUGGGCUUGCCUAUUUAAGUGGACUUUGUUGGUUAAUGUUGGAGGUCUCUGACUCUGUUCGUAGAACAUUGUAAAUCACCAUCUGUUUACACAACCAUUCGCAAGUAAACAGUGAUAAGAUGGUGGUAGGAUUUACACCAUGAUGUACAAAGACAAAUUCAGUAUCCUUCAGUUACUGGAAGAACUUGCCCACUGGUAGCACCCUUCCCUUACGCCUGAAGUCAGAUGCGUUUACUGUAGUAUUUCCAAAUCAGUUUGCUUAUGCCGUUCUUGAAUAAAUAAAUUGAAGCAGUUAAUUACCA